GACGAUGAAGAGGAUGAGCAGGAGAAGGAGUUGAUAUGGAGGCUUCCGGAGCUGAAAUUGAAGGAGAUUGGGAAGGUUGGCCCCGGCUUCGGCUUUGGCGCCGGUUGCGGUGUUGGCUUUGGUCUCGGACUUAUGGGAGUAUAUGUACAUAUGCAGGUGCAGGCAUUGGACCUGGGAUUCCUGGCCUACAAUUUGGUUUUGGAAUAGGUGCUGGAUGCGGGAUUGGCUUAGGAUUUGGGUAUGGCGGAGGUUGGGGCAUCGCUCAUGAUGAGAAUAAAAUGUAUUCUAACGUUGGGAAGCUUUUUCAUGGUCAAAGAAAUUUUCCUUCUCAGGAUGAGAUCAGUUCUCUAAUUGAUGAACUUGUCAUUAAUACCAAGAAGCUAGUCAGAGCAACUUCCAAAGAAAUUGAGAAGUGGAGGAGAUGAGUUCAUUUUUCGUUUUUGAAUCUUAAAUGUACAUUUUCUCUAGAUUAGAACUUGUAAAUAUUGUUCUCAAGCUGCUGUUCAUAUGAAUCCACGUUUGCUUGUUUCAUUUCCCUAUUAAAGAAUUAUGCAUAUACAUUGGUUGUGUAUCUCGCAAGUGAUAUAUAGAUGCUGUUACUUUUUCAUACAUAGAACAGGUGCUCUUAUUUGAUCAGAAGACGCUGCUGGUAAUGCCUAUCUGUAAACAAAAUACCGAAAUGCCAUUGGAAGUAGUUUUCUUACAA